AUGGGACGUCAGAAUAUCGAGAUUCCGUCGACUUCACCGUCUUCCAAAACUCGCCGUGACACGCAAAUAUAUUCUCCCCUGCCGAGACCUCCGUUGCACUCAGACACCCAAGAGCCUCCACUGUCCUUCUCCGAACCCACCCUUCGAUUUCCCAGGCCGCAGGUCAACCAAAGCCUCGCCCACUGGAUUUCUAGCAGUGAUCCGGACAUUAUGCAUUUAACGAGUUCCCCGGUCGAGGAUGCCGGCCUGUCCGAGUCCACGUACGAGCUGAUAGGAGGCACUGAUACCGAGUCUCAGGAUGGCAAUUACACGGACAAUAUAAGCGAGUCUGUCGGCUCGCUCGACUUCCAUCGCCCAGAUGAUGUUGUCAGCCUUGCUGGCACAGAACACACCUGCGAUGAAGAGUCUGUUGCCGAUGCUACCGAAGAGCAUCAUCUCAGUGGUCAAGAGUUGUUGGCCCAUCUCCACGCCCACCAAUCCAUCGCUGAAGAGGAUGCGGACGACGACGACAGCUCUUCCAAAGCUUCGCUGGAGUAUGCAGACCAUAGCCUACGCACGCCUUCAAUUUUCACACCCGAGGCAAGCCGAUACUUCGGUACCCAGGAUGAGCUUGCCAAGAAGAACGUUCUCACCAGGUUGCUUUUAUGGACUCAUGGUGUAUCAAAUCUCACCGCUCAGUUCGUAUCUACUGUUCUGCCAGGGCUUCUGACCCUCAUCGCCGUGGCUUUGCUCGCCCAGACAUUCCUCGGAGGGACUGAGACGGCCUCUCAGUCAGCCGGAUCUAGCAUUGCAUCCGCCAUUAUGCAAACUCCCUUCUUGGCAUCCUCGACACAGAAGCAGGACUUGGAACUCAGCUCCCCCACUUCCGGAGUUGCCCUGAUCCCGCUUCAAGAUCCAUCAGAUGAAGGCCUAUUCCGCUCACGGAAACCAACUGUCUCGUUUACCCCUCACGGCAAGAACGACGUGUUAAUCCACGUUGCGAGAGACAUCAGAGACGCCUGGAUGGCAAAUAACUGUCUUGAUGUCACUGUGUUGAGAAGCACGCAAGAGCUCGAAUUUUCCCUCUCUUCCGUGGACGACGGCAUACUUGUCAAGUUUCCCCGCCGAGAGGCGUAUGGCAUCGUCAAUCUUUCCGUCAGGAGCAAGUGUCGUCCGAAGACGCGAAAAGCUAUCAAGGUGCACUUUGGCAAAGGAAUUAUAGUCGAUGCCUUUGAGAGGACCAAGAGCCUGGCCCAAGAUCUGUCGGAGCUGGUUCCUGUCGCGGCACAUGAAGCGGAGCGUUGUCUAGCUGGAGCUAGACGCGUUCUCGGAUCUGCCUCGGAAUCCUUUGCUCAUGCAUGGCUAGUUGGGACUGAAAGAGCGCAGGACCUGCUUAUCAAUGCGAAUAUUGGUGGCACUGGUCGCCUUCUUUCCGAUUCUGGCUCUCAUCUUUGGCGACAGGCUAUCGACCUCCUCCAUUCAAAGACUGAGAUUCCAGAAAAGUACUUGAAGUGCGUUUAUUCGGUACGUAGCGCUCAAGCGCAGCUUCGACUCGGAUUAUUGGAUGCGCAGGUGUCAGCCCGCAUGUGGUGGCUCAAGAUCCAAGGCAAGGACCAUGAGUAUCAGGUGUACGCUAGCAUGGCGCAAGCAUAUCUACAGCACAAGAAGGCGGCAGCCAAGGAGCUUCUACAAAAGCUCCAGUCGAGGGCCCAGGCAACGGCUUAG